AUGCGGCUGAAUCUAUUCAAAUGUAUCUAUUGUGAGAGUGUUGGUCACAUCAGAGCGUUUCUCGUGAAACUCGUACAGUUUUUACGUCGAAAUUGGUUACGAAUCACCGUGUUUGUUACAUUUUUAAUUUGUGUCUGGCCAAACCGUUAUGCCCCGCACUACCCAUACAUACCAACCGACGAGAUUUACGAUGAGCUCGUUGAAAAAACCACACAAAAUGUGUCACACCAGAUGGCUGGCAAAUUGAGCUGUGAUUACAACGAAGUCAUAAAAGAAAAUCAUUUUAUGUAUCGUGAACCAUAUAUCAGUACGCUACUUGAUGGCAGUGAUAUUCGAUUAGGCGGUGAGUGGAUGCCAUCAAAAUGUGCUCCGAAAUUUAGUACGGCCGUAAUUGUUGUGUAUCGCCAACGUGAACAGCAGCUAAACGCAUUUCUCAUCUAUAUACACAAUUUUUUGCGCAAACAACUCAUUCAUUAUCGCAUCUUUGUGAUCGAGCAAUACGACCAAAAGCCAUUUAAUCGAGCGAUGCUCUUCAAUAUUGGAUCGGUGUAUGCUAGCCAAUUGGAUUUUCCAUGCCUCAUUUUGCACGAUGUCGAUUUGAUGCCGAUGAAUUUGGGCAAUUUGUAUGUAUGCACUCAGCGACCGCGACACAUGUGCUCUUCGUUGGACAAAUUUCGCUUCAAUCUACUGUAUCAUGGUUUGUUUGGUGGCGUUGUUUCCAUAGAAACUAAAGUUUUUCAAUUCAUCAACGGCAUGUCGAAUAAGUUUUCAGGAUGGGGUGGUGAAGAUGAUGAUUUCUAUGAAAGGAUUAAGGCGAAAAACUUGGAAAUUUGCCGCUUUGGACCGGAUCACAGUCAAUACACAAUGCUAAAACAUGAACAAGAGCUACCCAGUGAGAAUCGUCUGGCAUUUCUGCGAAACGGCAGUUUACGAUACAAUACAGACGGUCUGAAUUCGCUUGUCUACAAAGAAAAAGAGGUCAAACUUCAUAAGCUGUUUACACAUGUUCUAGCUAUUACCUAAGCUACCGACAGUUUAUUUGCCACGCUACAAAAUGUGUUCAAUGUGAAAUGGAUUUCAUUUAGUUGAUUUUUAUAUCAGAGGAAAUCUUGUGAACAUGCCAUUCGGUCGUUUUUAUCUCGAUAUUCUUAUCCAUGUUAAAUUAUUCUAAAAUGAAAUUCUGAUAUUGAAAAGACAGAACAGGGCCAUAAAAACUAUUCGAAAAUUCCAAAGAGACUACUCAGCACGUGUUUGGCGAUUGUAUUAUUUAUAGUAAUUUUUUUUUAUUCCAAAAUUGAAGCAAUCCAUACUAAUCAAGAAAAUAUGUGAAAUUGCGAUAACAAUAGAACGCCAUCCAUUUGCUGAUUUGUGUUUACAAAGUAAAUAAAAGAAAAACACAAUGGGAAGUACAAAUCGGUUUCGUUAUCGUGUUGGCAAAUAAACAGAGCAAAUACUAUUCCCGUUGAAGAAUACUCAUCAAAAACCAAAUAUGUAUAUCAAAUCGAAGCACUUUUAUCACAAAAAAAAACUUCUUUAUCUAGUUUUAGCUGGCG